CGUUCAAAACAGAUUUCUCGCGGCUUUUGUUUGUGCGGAAUUCGGUUGCCAAAAGUGUAAGAAGCUAUAUCGCGGUUCACGCCCUUGUUUGCACGCGAAGCGAUCGAGACAAGGCGGUGAUCGCACCACUAGAGACUAGGCGCUUCCCUUUCACCUCGUGUGACGACCGCAGAUUCAUUGAAACGAGUGUUAUCACAUGUGUAUGUGAAACGUGCUCAAGUGGAUAUGAUGUCAGUCACGCUAGUGACUCUUUUGUUAGUGGUUCCUGUUAUUAGCAGUUCACGGUGGACUACGUUAUCAAACAACGGGUUUCGGUUCCCCAGUGAAGUUUACCCACAGCCGGAAGUUUAUAUCGAGAGGAUAAGCAGUUUUGACAAGUGGGCCAAGUAUUAUGCCAAGGAGCCAGUUCAACGGAUAGUGUUCUGGGAUGACGAUUAUGAAUGCAAAACUCCAACCAACAAACGCGGACUGUGCGUGUCGUUCUACGACUGCCCGAGCAUGCUAUCCUACUUUGGCGAUCGGAUACUGACGUGGGAAGAACGGGACUUCCUGAGGCGUUCUGUAUGCACCGGAGCAACUUCCGGACGGCAACCGUACGUUUGCUGUCCGGAUCGACGCAUGGAAAACAAAGAUGCGGCCGGUUCCACAACUUCUGCCCCUGUGCUUACCUCGGUUCCAGUGGUGGAAGCUAAACCGGUGGAUAAGGAAAACCGCGUAGGAGGCCUUCUUCCGGAUCCGUCCAAGAACGAGUGCGGUAUCAGUAUUGGAAUGCGAAUCUACGGUGGCGAAGAUGCGGACAUCGAUGAGUUCCCCUGGCUGGCGAUGCUACAAUAUGAAAAUCACAGAGGAGAACGCAAGUUCAGCUGUGGAGGAUCGUUGAUCAACAACCGCUACGUGCUGUCGGCGGCGCAUUGCGUCGUAGGCGAGGUGGAGAAGAAAGAAGGCAAUUUGGUCAGCGUCCGGUUGGGUGAGUAUGACACCACCACCGAUAUCGACUGCAUCACGUUGGACGGUGAGCAGAUUUGUGCCGAUCCACCGAUCGAUGUUCCCGUUGAGGAGAAGGUGGCGCAUCCUGAAUACAAUGAAAAGUCGAUGCAGAAUGACAUUGCACUGUUGCGGUUGGAUCGGGAUAUUCAGCGAACGGAUUUCAUCCAACCGGUUUGCUUGCCGACCACGAACUUCAAAAGUUCGUUGGCUGGUGAUGUCAACUUUGUCACCGGAUUUGGACGAACGUUGCAAGGCAGCCGCAGUGCGAUCAAACAGAAACUGGGCAUCAAAGUGUACGACCAGGAACGGUGCCGGACCAAAUUUGCCACCAAGAAGGCCGAAAUAACGCCCAAACAGCUGUGCGCCGGCGGUGACUUUGCCAAGGAUUCGUGCCACGGAGAUUCCGGUGGUCCACUGAUGAAGCUGCAGAAAGUGUGGACCCUGGAAGGUGUCGUAUCCUACGGUAACCGCUGCGGAUUGGAGGACUGGCCCGGCGUGUACACCCGUGUGCAGGAGUACAUGAACUGGAUUCGGGACCAGGUUAGGCAUUAAUGAGCGGGGCGAGCCGCCACCAGUGAUUGAAUGUGACCGGUGAUAUGGUAUACUGUCAAACAGUGAUUAACUUUAAGUGAUGCGGGGUAGGAGCGAGAUUUUUUGAAAAUAAACAAGAAACGUUCAUUAUCAGUGGUUCAUUA